UCGUCAAUCUUUCUCCCCGCGUCUCUCUGUCUCUCUCUCUCUCUCUCUCUCUCUAGAUCUCGAUCUCGACUCACUCCACUUGCAUUUGUCUUCUUCUUGCUCGAGGGACAGAGGCAGCAAUUCUUCCGUCUCGUUCCUCGGCUGAAUCCGCCUUCCCAGGUUUUAGAUCCGUUUUCGUUCGAGUUCUGAUAGUUGACUCGCAUUUGAUUUCGUCUGCUGGAUUCCGAUUUUCUCGUCCUGAAUUUGUGUUUGGAAUCCGGAUCCUGGUGUUUUGCAUUAUCUGGUCCGAGAGAGAAGACGUGUAGAUCCCGUAUGGAUGUCCAGAUCUAGUUGAGAUUCACUUGCCAUUUCUUUAUCUGGUAUUCAACUGGUGAUCGAGGAGAAUCCAACUAUGAUUGGAGCAGAAGGCGAAUCUGGGGCGAAGUCCAUGAAGAGUCUUGGAGGACAGGUUUGUCAGAUCUGUGGUGACAGCGUCGGCAAAACAGCAGAGGGUGAUCCCUUUGUGGCCUGCGAUGUCUGUGCGUUUCCUGUCUGUAGGGCGUGCUAUGAGUACGAGAGGAAGGAUGGGAACCAGUCGUGCCCACAAUGCAAGACUAAGUACAAGAGGCACAAAGGUAGCCCUGCAAUUGUUGGAGAUGCUGAAGAGGAUGUCAACAUUGAUGAAGAUGCUAUUGGGUUUAGUUACACACCUGAUAACCAAAGCCAGAAGCAGAAAAUUUCAGAGCGUAUGUUAAGCUGGCAUUUGACAGGUGGCCAGAGUGGGGACCUCGGGCUUCCGGAAUAUGACAAAGAACCCUCACAUAACCACAUUCCGCGUCUCACCAGUGGACAAGAGGUAUCAGGAGAGCUGUCUGCUGCCUCGCCUGAGCGACUCUCCAUUGCAUCACCUCCUCGUGGUGGUGGAAAACGUCUUCCAUAUGCCAGUGAUAUCAAUCAGUCUCCCAACAUAAGGGUUGUAGACCCUGUUAGGGAGUUUGGUUCACCAGGAAUAGGCAAUGUGGCGUGGAAGGAGAGAGUCGAUGGCUGGAAAAUGAAGCAAGAGAAGAAUGUAAUUCCUAUGAGCACUGGUCUAGCUGCCUCUGAAAGGGGUGGUGACAAUGAGACCAGCACUGAUGUAUUCGUGGAUGACUCUUUGCUGAAUGAUGAAGCUCGGCAGCCUCUUUCAAGAAAGGUUUCGGUUCCAUCAUCAAGGAUAAAUCCUUACAGGAUGGUUAUAGUUCUCCGGCUUGUCAUUCUUUGCCUCUUCUUGCACUACCGGAUAACGAAUCCGGUUCCAAAUGCGUUUGGUCUGUGGUUAGUCUCAGUAAUAUGCGAGAUUUGGUUUGCCAUAUCCUGGAUAUUGGAUCAGUUCCCUAAGUGGCUUCCUGUGAAUCGUGAGACGUAUCUUGACAGGCUGGCUCUAAGGUACGAUCGGGAAGGAGAGCCAUCACAAUUAGCUGCUGUAGACAUAUUUGUCAGUACUGUGGAUCCAUUAAAAGAGCCUCCCCUUGUGACGGCCAACACUGUGCUCUCCAUCCUCUCUGUUGAUUACCCAGUUGACAAGGUCUCUUGCUAUGUUUCUGAUGAUGGUGCUGCUAUGUUGACUUUUGAAGCCCUCUCCGAGACAUCAGAAUUUGCACGGAAAUGGGUUCCUUUUUGCAAGAAAUACAACAUUGAGCCUCGGGCUCCAGAAUGGUACUUUGCACAGAAGAUUGACUACCUGAAGGACAAAGUUCAGCCAUCGUUUGUGAAGGAACGUAGAGCUAUGAAGAGAGAAUAUGAGGAAUUCAAGAUCCGGAUUAAUGCUCUUGUUGCAAAAGCUCAAAAAGUUCCUGAAGAAGGAUGGGUUAUGCAAGAUGGUACACCAUGGCCUGGAAACAACACCAGAGAUCAUCCGGGAAUGAUCCAGGUUUUCUUGGGUCAGAAUGGAGGUCUGGAUGCCGAGGGCAAUGAGCUGCCACGUCUAGUUUACGUUUCUCGUGAAAAACGCCCAGGUUUCCAGCAUCACAAAAAGGCUGGUGCCAUGAAUGCUCUUGUUCGAGUUUCAGCGGUACUUACAAAUGGUCCCUUCCUUUUGAAUCUUGACUGUGAUCACUACAUAAAUAACAGUAAGGCCUUGAGAGAAGCUAUGUGUUUCUUGAUGGACCCGAACCUUGGGAAGCAAGUGUGUUAUGUUCAGUUUCCACAGAGAUUUGAUGGUAUUGAUAAGAAUGAUCGAUAUGCCAACCGUAACACUGUCUUCUUCGAUAUAAAUUUGAGAGGUUUGGAUGGAAUUCAAGGACCUGUUUAUGUCGGAACUGGGUGUGUCUUUAACAGAACGGCACUGUACGGUUAUGAACCGCCAGUGAAACCCAAGCACAAGAAGCCUAGCGUCCUGUCCUCUCUCUGUGGCGGUUCACGAAAGAACUCAAAAUCUAGUAAAAAGGGAUCGGAUUCGAAGAAAUCUAAAAAGCAUGUUGAUUCCACAGUGCCGGUAUUCAAUCUCGAGGAUAUCGAAGAGGGAGUAGAAGGGGCCGGCUUUGAUGAUGAGAAGUCGAUGUUGAUGUCGCAAAUGAGCCUGGAGAAGCGAUUUGGACAGUCUGCCGUCUUCGUGGCAUCUACCCUUAUGGAGAAUGGCGGUGUCCCACAGUCUGCAACUCCCGAAACUCUUCUUAAAGAGGCUAUUCAUGUCAUUAGUUGCGGAUACGAAGACAAAACAGAGUGGGGAAGCGAGAUUGGAUGGAUUUAUGGUUCGGUUACGGAAGAUAUUCUUACCGGAUUCAAAAUGCAUGCUCGAGGUUGGCGAUCGAUCUACUGUAUGCCUAAGCUUCCUGCUUUCAAGGGAUCUGCUCCGAUCAAUCUUUCUGAUCGUCUGAACCAAGUGCUUCGGUGGGCUCUCGGUUCCGUGGAAAUCCUUUUCAGCCGACAUUGCCCGAUUUGGUAUGGUUACAGCGGUCGGCUGAAAUGGCUCGAGAGAUUCGCUUACAUUAACACCACGAUCUAUCCCAUCACUUCCAUCCCUCUCCUCAUGUACUGUACUCUUCCCGCGGUCUGUCUCUUCACCAACCAGUUCAUUAUCCCGCAGAUUAGCAACCUGGCAAGCAUAUGGUUCUUGUCCCUCUUCUUGUCGAUCUUCGCGACGGGUAUCCUCGAGAUGCGAUGGAGCGGAGUAGGCAUCGACGAAUGGUGGAGAAACGAGCAGUUCUGGGUCAUCGGAGGCGUAUCAGCCCACCUCUUCGCCGUCUUCCAAGGACUACUCAAAGUCCUCGCGGGCAUAGACACGAACUUCACGGUCACUUCAAAAGCAUCGGACGAGGACGGGGAUUUCGCCGAGCUCUACCUGUUCAAAUGGACGACUCUCCUCAUCCCGCCCACGACACUUCUCAUCAUAAACAUCGUCGGGGUCGUGGCCGGAAUCUCGUACGCCGUCAAUAGCGGCUACCAGUCAUGGGGACCGCUUUUUGGUAAGUUAUUCUUUGCGUUCUGGGUCAUUAUCCAUCUCUACCCUUUCCUCAAGGGACUUAUGGGGAGACAGAACAGAACUCCGACCAUUGUUGUUGUCUGGUCGGUCCUUCUGGCUUCCAUCUUUUCGCUCCUUUGGGUCCGGAUCGAUCCUUUCACGACCCGAGUCACCGGUCCGGACGUUCAGGAAUGUGGGAUCAACUGUUGAAGUCGAAGAAAGAUUGAGAGUGAAGUAUCAUCAAUUAUCUGAUUUUUCAGUGCCUAUUUAUUUGUGUGUCUUAAUAUUUGUUUAUAUAUUUUUUUUUGACAAAAAGUUUAUAUAUAUUGUUGUAUUGUAUUGUAUUGUAUUACACUGUUUUGAUAUAAUAAUUCACGUUCUUUUUGCCUGCU